UUGGAUAAACCCUUUCUUUGCCAUUGCCCAAUCCUCCAUUCUGUACACUGCUAACUCUUGAAAAUGGCGGUGCUGUCACUGCCAUUCGUGACUUCAAUUCUGAAGAAUUCUCACCGGAAGCGUGGGCCGUUGUUCAUCAAUCCGAUUCCGCUUCUUAAGUUUAGGCGGAAUUGCUUUUCCUCCGGCAAUUUCAAUUAUUCUUCUUCUUCUGUUGCGCCUGCUGUGUCUACUCAUUCGGAGCAGGAGAAACAGAAGCCAGGACUGUCAUCAUCUGUUCUCACUUUCCAACAAUCCAUUCAACGCCUCCAGGAAUACUGGGCUUCAGUCGGAUGUGCUGUGAUGCAAUGUAGCAACACAGAGGUUGGAGCUGGAACUAUGAACCCACUUACGUAUCUAAGGGUUCUUGGUCCUGAACCAUGGAAUGUUGCCUAUGUAGAACCAAGUAUCAGACCCGAUGAUAGUCGUUAUGGUGAAAACCCUAACAGACUUCAAAGGCACACCCAAUUCCAGGUGAUAUUAAAGCCUGAUCCUGGGAAUUCUCAGGACCUCUUCAUCCGGAGCUUGUCAGCUUUAGGUAUCAAUGUUAACGAUCACGACAUUCGAUUUGUUGAGGAUAACUGGGAGAGCCCGGUAUUAGGUGCAUGGGGUUUAGGCUGGGAAAUUUGGAUGGAUGGAAUGGAGAUUACUCAAUUCACCUACUUCCAACAGGCUGGAAGUAUUCAACUGAUGCCUGUUUCAGUGGAGAUCACCUAUGGCCUUGAAAGGAUUCUCAUGUUACUUCAGGGAGUGGACCACUUCAAGAAGAUUCAGUAUGCUGAUGGAAUAACAUAUGGGGAGCUUUUCCUGGAAAAUGAGAAGGAAAUGAGUGCAUAUUAUUUAGAGCAUGCAAACGUGAAUCAUAUCCAAACCCAUUUUGAUUUAUUUGAGGCAGAAGCUCGCCAUUUGCUCAACUUAGGGCUUCCAAUUCCUGCGUAUGAUCAGGUUUUAAAGGCUUCGCAUGCCUUCAAUGUAUUGGAUUCUAGAGGAUUUGUGGGGGUAACAGAACGUGCUCGUUAUUUUGGCCGCAUGCGCAAUUUAGCCCGCCAAUGCGCACAACUUUGGUUAAAGACAAGGGAAUCUCUUGGGCAUCCAUUGGGAAGUGCUUCUCAUCCCGAUCAUCAUGGAUUUCAGAAAGAACACAUAGAGGAAUUGAAGAAAAAGGUUUCUUCAGGGCCUAGGACUUUGAUUCUUGAGAUUGGGACUGAGGAGUUACCUCCAAAUGAUGUCAUUAAUGCUUGCAGUCAACUCAAAGAUCUGGUCAAGCAGUUGCUAGAAAAGCAGAAAUUAAAUCACGGGGAUAUAGAAACAUAUGGAACACCUCGCAGACUUGUGGUUCAAGUUGAUAACCUAAUCGAUAAGCAGGUGGCAAAUGAAGUAGAGGUUCGAGGGCCUCCUGUAUCAAAGGCAUAUGAUCAGGAAGGAAACCCUACUAAGGCUGCUGAAGGUUUUUGCCGCAGAAAUGGAGUGCCUUUAAGCUCUCUCUAUAGAAGAGUUGAAGGUAAGGCAGAAUUUGUUUAUGUUCGUGCCAUGGAACCAUCACGUCUUGCUUUGGAGGUUUUAUCUGAAGAAUUACCUGUGACCCUUGGCAAAAUAUCAUUUACAAAGUCAAUGAGGUGGAACUCUGAGGUUAUGUUCAGCAGGCCCAUCCGAUGGAUAUUGGCACUGCAUGGAGAUGUAAUUGUUCCAUUUACAUUUGCCAGUGUUUUGAGUGGAGAUGCUUCUCAUGGACUUCGAAAUACUCCAUUUGCUACAAUUGAGGUGGAAACGGCUGAAUCUUAUACUGAUGCAAUGAAGAAUGCUGGAAUAAUAAUCAAUGUGGAGCAACGCAAGAAGAUGAUCAUGGAUAAAUCUACUUCCAUUGCUGAAACCAUUAACGGUUCCGUUGUAAUAGAAAGUAAUUUACUUGAUGAGGUUGUAAAUCUUGUCGAAGCACCUCGUCCAGUUCUUGGAAAGUUUAGUGAGUCAUUCCUAAACCUUCCUAAGGACCUCUUAAUAAUGGUUAUGCAGAAGCAUCAGAAAUAUUUUGCUAUAACCGAUCAGGAUGGAAAACUAUUGCCAUAUUUCAUUGCUGUUGCAAAUGGAACAAUUGAUGAAAUGGUUGUAAGGAAAGGAAACGAAGCUGUGCUCAGAGCUCGAUAUGAAGAUGCCAAGUUUUUUUAUGAGUUGGACACAAGCAAGAGGUUUUCUGAAUUUCGAAAUCAAUUGAAGGGGAUCCUUUUCCAUGAAAAGCUGGGGACAAUGCUGGACAAGAUGACACGGGUCGAGGGGUUGGUUACUCAAGUUGCCAUCCCACUGGAGAUAACUGAUGAUGCACUCCAAGUCAUUCAGGUGGCUGCAUCCUUAGCCAUGUCAGAUCUGUCAUCUGCAGUUGUUACAGAAUUUACCUCCCUUGCCGGGGUAAUGGGGCGGCACUAUUCUCUGAGAGAUGGCUACUCAGAACAGGUUGCAGAUGCAUUAUUUGAAAUUACACUUCCACGAUUUUCCGGAGAUAUACUUCCAAAAACUGAUGCAGGCAGAGUAUUGGCAAUAGCCGACAGGUUGGAUAGCCUUGUUGGAUUGUUUGCUGCUGGUUGUCAGCCAACCUCUGGUAGUGAUCCCUUUGGUUUGCGGAGAAUCUCUUACGGUCUAGUGCAAUUGUUAGUCGAUACUGAUAAGAAUUUGGAGCUAAGGCAUGCCUUGGAACUUGCUGCUGCAGUUCAGCCCAUAAAAGUAGAAGAGCAAACCAUAGAUGAAGUACAUCAAUUUGUAACAAGGAGACUCGAACAACUUUUGAUUGACCAAGGAAUAAAUCCAGAAGCAGUGCGCAGUGUUCUUGCAGAGCGUGCCAAUCGGCCUUGUAUAGCAACCAAGUCUGCUUAUAAAAUGAAUGCCUUGUUAGAAGGUGAGCUGCUCCCCAAAAUCAUCGAGGCUUAUGCACGUCCAGCAAGAAUUGUACGUGGAAAGGAUGUUGCAGUCGAUUCCGAGGUCGAUGAAUCAGCAUUUCAAAUGGACGAAGAACGAACUCUAUGGAGCACGUACAUGUCCUUGAGGAGUAAAAUCCACCCCGACAUGAGCAUCGAUGACUUUGCCGAGGCAUCUUCCUGUCUAGUACAACCGCUCGAAGAUUUCUUCAACCAUGUCUUCGUUAUGGUGGAAGACGAGAAAAUCAGAACAAACCGGCUUGCCCUCCUCCGGAGAAUCUCCGACCUUCCAAAGGGAAUCGCGGACCUCUCGAUUUUGCCCGGUUUCUAAAACCCGGCAGCGGCGAUGAUCGCAAUGAAUUGGAGCUAGGCAGCCCCUGAGCUGCUUUGUUUUUUGACAUCCCCUGGGAUCACAUUUCAUGCUCAUGAACAAAUUUUCUUGUGUUGUAAAAUUAUUUUAUUAUUUGUAUUUUAUUAUUACAUUUUUAACAAUUUUCAAAGAAAAAUACAUUCUGCUUCAAUAAGCUUGUAGUGAAUUUUAUUUUCUGAAAAACAAUAGACUUGAGAGGUAUGGAAGGUUGUUUAUU